CACGGCAAAGAAAGACAAUGACAGUAGGCGUUGACCGUGAGGUUUUGAUUGGUGGUUCGAGGGGUGCCUGAAUCUAGAAGAAGCCGGAGACAUCUCUGCACAAGAGCUAUAAAUACGAGUUGAGCAGAAUAUUGAGCCACAAGAGCUAUAAAUACGAGUUGAGCAGACUAUUGAGGAGAUCAGAGAUAGAUUUUGUGGCGGUAGAAAUGGAGGGAGUUGGGGAAAAGAGUAAGAGCGACGACAAGAAGAAAAUGAUGGUGUGCAUAGAUGAAAGCGAGUACAGUCACCACGCCCUCAAUUGGGCUCUUGAAAAUCUUCGCGAUUCCCUCUCCAACUUCCAACUCAUCGUCUUCACUGUACAGUCCCUUUCUGAUUUCACCUAUAUCCACGCUUCCACUCUGGGCGUUGCUCCACCAGAUCUGAUUACAGCAGUCCAGGAAAGGCAAAAGAAGGUUGCAUUCGCUCUUCUGGAGCGAGCUAAGGAAAUAUGUGCUCAGUGUGGGAUUGUUGCAGAGACAAUUACAGAAGUUGGAGAUCCUAAAGAGGCUAUAUGUAAGGCAGUAGAAAAGUUGAACAUCCAGUUCCUUGUUCUAGGCAGCCAUGGUCGUGGUGCUUUUGGGAGGGCUUUUCUUGGAAGUGUUAGCAAUUACUGCUCGCAUAAUGCUAAGUGCCCAGUCCUUGUUGUGCGGAAACCGGAGUGAGAGAUUCAUAUCCAUCUUCUCCGAAUGCCAUGUGAUAGUCUCUUUUGGAAAGGAAAAAAAAAAAUGUUUAUGUAAUUAUCAACUUCAAAUAUGUUCCUAUGAAUCACCUCUUUUCAUGUGUAUUCUUUUGAGACUGAGUUUUUAAAUGGCAUGUAAGUUGUUUUACUUUGUGAAGUGAAUAACUAUGGUCCAAGUUGAUUUCC